CUUUACAGUAAUUUUAUUUAAUGUUAAUAUUUAUUUACAAUGUUGUGUUGAAUGAUUAGAUUUAAUUAUUAUCUUAUUUAUUCUCAGUUACAGUACUGUAUUAUUUCAUGUAUUACAUUAUCGUUCAGUAUGUUCCCUUAGUUAAUUGUAAUAUUAGUUCCUACUUGCCCUGGUACACGGGGGACAGUUUAGAGUGUAGCGCGGAGUGGAGACGGAGAGUGGAGCGCGGCUGGAAGGUUGUCAGUACUGUAUUGCCGAGUGGUGUUUAUUAAAGAGAAUUGUAAUCAGGAACUGUAGCCCGCUCAUUACCCACAGCCCACAGAAGAGACUGGCACACGCUACCCAGUGUCAAGAAAUAAGGGUUACAAGUUAUUUACACAUUAUAAUGAAAAUAUUUGAUAAUUGCCGUGUUUUUUGGCUUUCUAGCUAUUUUCUAUAUCACUCCACAACGGAAGCCAUUCGGGUUGUAGAUGGAUCGGUAUCCGUCACGGAAGGAGACAGCGCUAAAUUAUAUUGCUUACUGACUGAGACUGAUGAGGAUCUGCAGCAGGUAACCUGGCAGAAAAGGACACGAGAAAAUCCGGAAAAUCACAACUUCUUGGUUAUCUUACCUCCCGAGGAUGUAAGACACGUAGAUGGAUUAGGGCAUCGGGUCCGGUUUUUUGGAAACUUAGCCAAGAAAACUGGAUCUAUUCAGCUUUUGAACGUAUCACUGCAAGAUGAGGGGGUGUAUACCUGUAUCUUCACAGUGUUCCCAAGCGGACCGCACCAGACAGAAAUUCAACUUCAUGUUCGGGUCUUGAGCGUGUUCAGCUCCAGCUUGUUCCGGCUGCACAAAAGUACCAGCUGCUCAACCUCCCACCGAUAUGCAGACUCGUCGCCAUCUUGGAUAAGUCCGACAACUGUGGUGUCAUCUGCAAACUUCAGGAGUUUCACAGCUGGGUCCAUGGAGGCAAACUGCAGGGGGUGCAGCAGGUAUCCUGUGACGUUCUACAGAUUGGCCAACACCAGAUGUUCAAGGGACUUUAUGAUCACAGAUGUCAGGAUGACAGUUCGUCCUGUAGUGACAGUAAUGCCAGCGGCGCCCCUUGUGGUCGGCAGUGGGAGCGGCAUCUUGGUGACCUGCACUGCCGCCAAUGGCCGACCGGCAGCAGAGGUGUCAUGGCGCACAGACCAGCUGGAUGGCCCGGUUGAGAUUGUGAAGAACAUAACACAGAACCCCAACGGCACCAUGACCGUCAGGAGCAACCUCCGGCUGGCCCCCACCAGGUCCAUGCAUGGCAGAGAGGUGCAGUGUGUGGUGAAACAUACAGCCCUGGAGCAUGACAAGAUCGUGCCGUACAGGAUCUCGGUGCACUAUGCUCCGCAGUCUGUGAAUAUCACCCUAAAAACAUCAUCUGAAGAUCCAACCUUCCAGUGUGAUGUAGAUGCCAAUCCUGCACCUACAAGAUACACCUGGAGCAGGGUGAACAGUGAAGUACUCAGUCCUUCAGUCAGACCAGAGGGAGGCAGACUGGUGAUUUUGAAGAUGGGCUCUGAACUGAAUGGCCUGUAUGUAUGUGAGGCAUCAAACCAGUAUGGCCAAAUCACUGGGACCCUCUUUGUGUAUAUAGCAGGUGUUUCCCGGAGCUUCUACGGAGGUCUUCUUGCUGGGAUUUUGGUCUUAAUUUUUCUCCUGAGCAUCUGUACAUGGAAUACACUGUUUCAGCAGAGGAAUUCAAGAGGAUCAAGUUCACAGCAGCAAGAAACUGAACCACCGGAUGUGGAAGAGCAAGAACUGGACAUGCAAGAAAUGGAGCAGCAGGAAGUGGGCUUGCAGGAUGCAGAACAGCAGGAAGUGGAAGAGCAAGAACUGGACAUGCAAGACAUGGAGCAGCAGGAAGUGGGCUUGCAGGAUGCAGAACAGCAGGAAGUGGAAGAGCAAGAACUGGACAUGCAAGAUAUGGAGCAGCAGGAAGUGGGCUUGCAGGAUGUAGAACAGCAGGAAGUGGAAGAGCAAGAACUGGACAUGCAAGAUAUGGAGCAGCAGGAAGUGGGCUUGCAGGAUGCAGAACAGCAGGAAGUGGAAGAGCAAGAACUGGACAUGCAAGAUAUGGAGCAGCAGGAAGUGGGCUUGCAGGAUGUAGAACAGCAGGAAGUGGGCGUGCAAGAUGUAGAACAGUUGGAAGUGGAACAGCAGGAAGUAGACUUGCAGGAUGUAGAAGAGCAGGAAGUGGGCUUGCAGGAUGCCUAACAGCAGGAAGUGGAACAGUGGGGAAUGGAACAAAAGGAAGUGGGCAUGCAAGAAAUCACAUUUAUUUGAUGCAUUACCUUGGCUGCGUGCUUCAGAUUGUGGUCAAGUGGGAAGGAGAACCUGUGCUCUAAGCUGAGGUCCUAGGAACUGUUGAGUAGCUUCAACAAUUCUCUGUGUACGUUGGUCCAUUCAUCUUUCCCCUGAAUCCCAACAAAACUCCAAGGUGCUUGUUGGGAAACAACCUACAGCAUGAUGUGGUCACCAGUGAAUGCUUACUAACUCUCCAAUACCAGCGAUGUCUGCUAUAUUUGCUGCUUAAACCAAAAAAAUCCUUAAAGUGCCUUUUGCCAAAAGCAAUCACUUGCCAUUUACUGAAGAGUGGCUCUGUGAUACAACACUGAAAUGCCAAGCUGCCUUUCUGGUACAUACUCCGGGGUAUCUAACAGACGUUUCAUCUCAUUUGAAGAGCCAUAUCCACUGAUCAGUAUGGUUGUGCUCAGUGGAAGGCAGAGGAUGAGAAUGAAGAGACCUUAGAGGAAAGCAGUAAGCAAGUGGUACAAUGCUGCUGUCUGACCUCAAGGCCACGUCCAUUUUCUCUGAAGGGGACUUCCUCUCUUUUCCGUUCACUUACCGUCAUGCUUUUGUUUCUAAAAAUCCUGGAGACUUUAAAGUGUAAGGGAAAAGGAUUGUAAAAUUCUUUCAGGAAGAAAGAUGUACAUGUGGACUCCAAAAAAUGUGGCCUCUGUGCCAUGAGUUCUGAAUUCACCAAACAUAAGCUAGGAUUUUUUGUGUAACUUUAAGGUUGACAUUUCCCAAAAUACAAUUCCAGUUGCUA